UUCACUGCAUGAAACAACGAUGCGAGUUCCACUUGCUUAUACUUUUGCCGUGUUGUGCCUUGUUUCUGGCAGCAUUGGAAGAAAAGGGUUCGGCCCUGGAGAACAAGAAUGGAAUUAUGUUCAAGUGCGCCCCAACGCUAACAUGUUUUGGUGGCUUUAUUAUACCACGGCAAAGGUUAAUUCGUAUUACGACAAACCGUUAAUCAUCUGGUUGCAAGGUGGACCAGGUGGAUCUUCAACGAGUUAUGGAAAUUUCGAGGAAUUAGGUCCCCUCGAUGUGAACUUGAAUCCGAGGAAUUAUACUUGGGUCAAGAAUUAUAAUGUUCUCUUCAUCGACAAUCCUGUUGGUACCGGAUACAGUUAUGUUAAAAGCAAAUCGGCAUACGCGAGAACAAACAUGCAGGUCGCAAAGGACCUCGUGGAAUGUAUGAAAGGAUUCUAUAAGGAAUUACCGAAAUUCGAAGCUGUUCCGACGUAUAUCACAACUGAAUCGUAUGGCGGAAAAAUGGGCGCGGAGUUUGCGUUACUCUGGUAUCGAGCUCAGAAAGCUGGUACCAUCAAGAGUAAUCUAAAAGGAAUCGCACUCGGAGACUCUUGGAUCUCUCCUAUCGAUUCCGUAAUGACAUGGGCACCAUUUUUGCUCAACACAGGUAUGGUGGACACAGAAGGUUUCAAAGAAAUUGAUGCAGCAGCACAAAAAGUAAAGAACAAUGUCGAGCUUGGCAAUUGGAGAAGUGCAACUCAAGAAUGGUCUAAUACAGAAAUGGUCAUUUUAGAGAAGACUGACAAUAUUGAUUUUUAUAAUAUUCUUACAAAACAGUCUCCAUUACGAUUGUUCAAUUAUGAAAAAUUUUUUUUAUUUAAAAAAAACAAACCUGUCAUGUAUCUAAAUCUCAGUGCAAAUGAGGCUUUCUCACUCGAAAAUUUGAUGAACGGUCCAGUAAAGAAAGCGCUUGGUAUCAAAUUCGUUCACGGCAGUCAAUCCUCUAACGUUUUUGAAUACUUAGCAGAAGAUUUUAUGAAACCUGUUACUCACAUAGUGGAAGCAUUACUAAAUGAAACCGACUUGAACGUAUUUGUGUACAAUGGACAAAUGGAUUUGAUUGUCGAUACACUAGGCACUCUUCACUGGGUCGAAAAACUGAAAUGGAAAAACGCCGACACCUGGAAAAAUUCAAAUAGGAAUUCGCUCGUCGUUAAAUCCAUCAUUGAGGGCUAUUUUAAGGUUCAAGACAACUUCAGGAUGUAUUGGGUCAACAGAGCCGGACAUAUGGUACCGAAGGACAACCCGGUAGCCCAGGAGAAAAUACUGCAGGAUUUGACGAGCAAUGCAUGUACAUACAGCUCGUCGCUAUGAAGAGACGAGAAAUGAAUAAUUGAUUUGAUGUUUUCAUUUUAUACUUAAACGAAUGUAAUUGAUAUAAUUCUAUUCAGUCCUUUCAAUAAAAUUUUUAAAUCAAAGAAUGAUAAUGUCUAUGAGAGCUGAACACAGGAUAUACGCGUGUAAUAAAUUUAUUCAAUA